GUGUGUGCACGCAUACAUACACAUUUGUUAUUUUAAAGAUAAGUAGUAGUAAGUGUUAACGUUUUCUUUUUCUACUGGAACAUAUUUGCGUUUUACUGUUUGAGGGAAAUUGCUUUCUAUAAUCUAUGUGUGAAUCAGUUUGUUCACUAAUUGGUCGAUAACAACGAACAGGCGAAUUAGGUAUAUUAUUGAUUUCAUUGCUUGGAUAUUCUAGAAAUAUACAAUAUUGUUAGUAUAACUUUAUUCAUAUCUGAUUUAAAUAAGAAAUAAAAAUUAUUACCAUUUGAUGAUUCUUCUUCAUGUUGUUUUUGUAAGCAACUAUUAACAUGCUCUUCAUAAUGUAUUCCAUUAGUAGUUUUAUAUUUUGAACAAACACCGCAUUCAAGUAUUUCAGUAUUGUUAAUGCUUAUUGGAGAUGACUUAUUUUCCACUAAAUAUAAAUCAUUUUCAUAUUCAUUAUCGGAUGUAUAUUGUUCGCAUCCAGCAGCAUGUGCUUCUAUUUUAUCACUUGGGAAAGACUUAUUACAAAUGGGACAAUUUACAUUAUUCUCUGUUAUUUCCACAUAUCUAGUUACAGAAAUGCUAUCAUCCUAAAGCAACACGUUAUCCUCUGUUGAUGUUUUAUAUUUAUUUUGUCUACUUAAACUCUGUAAUUGGUCUUCAUCUCUGUUAAUUUUUUUCUGAUAUUUCAUAUCUAUUAUAGUAUUCCAUCUUCUGUUUUUUCCUUCUCUGUGUCUUUCUUCUUCUUCUCUCCGUUUUUCUCUCUUUUGCCUCUCUUCUAGUUGUUUUUUGUAAAAUUCCUCUCUCUUUUUCUUUUCUUCAGUUUCCUUUUUUUCAGCUUCUUCUUUUUUAAUUUCAUCUAUUUUUUGUUUCUCAAACUGAAGCUUUUCCAAAGAUAUAUAUGCAUCGUUUAUUCUACUCGAAAGACCUUUCUUCAGUAGCGGUUUAGUUUCGGUAUUCUCAAACAUUGUUUUAACAUUGUUAUUAGCAUUAUCUUUUUCUAAUUCUAUGAGGAUUUCUUCGUCAGUGAGGAUAUUACUUUUAUCUUUGGAUAUUAAAUUUAUGGCACUUUGUUUUUCAUUGCUACUAUGUGCUAAUGGAUUAUUGGGAGACAUAUUAAUAAUGCAUUCUCUCUUUUUAAUAAUAUUUCUUCUAACAUUCUGAGGUACUUUUUUUGGACAUAAAGAAAUUGAUUUAGAUGGCAAACUUUCUAUAGAUUUUGUUUUAAAUUCAGCUUCAAAAUUUUCAAUUUUCAUAUUGUCUGUUGAGAGCUUGCUAUCAUUGUCUUGAUUUGAAUUUCUAUUUUUUUCACUGCAUUUAGCAGUACAUACCGUUUUAUGUGAACGUAACACCCUGUUUGUAUCUUCAUGAGAUUGAAUUUUCUUUUUUUUAAUAGUACUUUCAUCUUCAUCGCUGCUAGAAUAUAUUAUAUCAGAAAAAGAAGAAAGAAUCAGAGUUGAUUUACGUUUAUUAGGUCGUUCAUUGUUAUGUUUGUUUAUACAUUCCAUUUGAUUCUGUUCAGUCUUAAUAUUUUUUAAUAAUUUUUUAUCCAAAUUAUCUUUAGCAAGACCCACCUAUAGAAAUGUUGAAAGAAGGAUUAGAAUUAUAACAAUGAAACUUUUUUUUUUUACAGAAAUACGAUUUAUUCAAAGAUUAUUUGUAGCUUACAGUUGUAAUUACUUUUUUUUCUUUAUAAACACUUAUGGAUACAUGUGUUUGUAUAAAUGCAAAUUUUACAAGAAACACCAAUCAUAAUCUUCGAUUAUUUUUAUACAAAGCACUAUUGUUAUUUGUUCUCAAAUCAUCUUAUCAGUGUAUAUAUAAAUAAAAAAUAUGUAAACUUUGCCAGUAAAGUUAUUUUUAAUAUAUUAGUUAAUUUUAUCACAACCGUUGCACUGCUAAUCAUAAGAAACAACAUCAAAUAUUAUUAAUGCCAAAAAGAUAUUACACUAGUAUCAUGAGUAGUUACACAUUUUUUAUUGAAAAGAAUUGAUAAAAAUUUGUACUAAAAUUAUAAAUAUUUUAGAAGAAAACAUUAACAUCCUAAACAUAAAUCUGUGCAUACAGUUAAUUUUAAUAUCAAUUUCCCAUGGCACAAUGCUGUAUUAUGAAGAAUUUAACUUGUAUAUGAGAAAAGAAAUAUUGGAUUAUUUGGAAAAUUCGUAGCGAAAUUUCAAAUGAAUAAAAUGGUCUCGAUUGAUCGAAAGUACAUUUAUAUCAUUUCUUUUAGAUAUUUAUUCAAUAUAAAUAUAACAAGAUAUUUUUUAAAAAAUUUCUCUUUUAGAAAAUAAAUAAAUUCUUUUGAGUGAUUUUCACAAUUCUUCGUUAUUAAAAAAGUUUGUAAAAAGCAGAGUAAAUUGUAAUGAGAUUACAGUAAUAGAAUUGAACAUUUCAAGUAAAGACUUGAUUUCAUGAAAAAUAUCAAAGAACUAAAUUUUACUUGUUAAAAAUGUUAAUUUUGAUCAAUAAUCAGCAAAAAUCUCCCAAAUAAUCCAAUAUUUUCUCUUAUAUUUAUUAAUGAUAGGAUCUGUAAGAAAUGGAUUGGAUGGAGGUACCCACCUGAAUGGGUGACCCCCAUUGAAACUUAGUAUCAGUAGUACGGUGCCAACUAUGCCACAAUUCUGCUGUUUGUUUCAAAUAAACAUUUAACGUAGGCAGUAGCUUUUCAAGCAUCUCGGGUGUUUGUGCAUCUUUGCAUAAUCUAAAUGGCAUACGAUCUUGAACUACCGGCCGAUUUGGCUCUUGCAAAGGCACAUCAUUUUCACUAACACAUGAAUCAAGUGGAUUAAUUUGCCAUUGAUCCAAUUUUUGAUCACAUUCAGAGUAUGUGUCCAUUUUCAUUUCUGCAUUAUUUAUAACAUCUGAAUUUUGUAAAGAGUUUUUUGAUUUCAAAGAAAUAUAUCUAUUUGUGCUAUGAGAGUAACUAUCUCUCAUAUUCGAAUUAUCUUGUAAUCUAAUGAACAUAUCCUCGCUAUCAAAAUUUUUUCCUCUGUACAUAGAGUUUCUCGAAUCAGCGAUAGCGGUGGAAAGAUCGGAAUUGCUACAGUCAUGAUCAGACAUUCCCUCAUGUAUUGGCGAUGUAUGAUUAGGUUUAUAUAAGUUCGAUUGAGAUGCAUCAUUGUGUUCUUGUAUCUCCAGCUCUUGUUCUAAAUCUGCCUUAAGCAUUACUUCUGAGGUACAUUCACCAGAAGAUUGCAUUGAUUCCUGAAAACAUCUUUCUCGUCAUUAGCCAUAUUUGCCAUAUCCUUAGAUUCAUUAAUGAAUCCUAAAAUUUGUUUCAUAUCCUUGUAAGUAUACCAUGUCUCAUACAGUUUCAUAUCUAUAAGUUCCCGUUUCAUUUCUUCCUCUUCCUCUUCUAUUUCUUUGGAUGUUAACACUUCAGUUUUAUCCAUACUGUCUGACAUAUUUAUAAUUCCGUACGUUUAGAUCGGGAAAUGUCAAUAAAACGUUUUUUUAUGCAACGAAUCGAAAUUUAACUGUAAAACAUUUGUGAUUUGUAAUUUCGAGUUUUUCCUCAUUACUGCUUAAUUAUUCUAGUAACAGCCAUUUGCGAACAAUAAUGAUGAAAAAAUAAAAAUUGAAGAAAAGACGUCUACAAAUGUAUCAUGUUAAAUGGAUGAUCUGAAAUUAACUUCAAGAUUAGCACCGUCAGACAGAAAAAGACGUAUCGAUAUCGACGACGAGCAAUUUCAGAUCGUUUGAUUUUUAAGAUUCAUUCGCAUGAAUAGAUGGACUUUAUUCAUAUUGGAAGAAUUAGAUGUUAUUUUGUACAUUAUUAUGAAACAAUAGUAAUGCAAUACGUUUGAUUAUUAUGAAAUUGAUUAAAUUUUAUUAUCACUUAAUUUAGUAUGAAAGUAAUAUUUUUCACAAGAAAAUAUUUGUUCUUGAAAUAUUAAUAUAAUUCUAAAUAUUUAAUCAUAUGAAUGUUAACUGUCGUACCUGAACAAUAAAAAUAAAUAUGGCUGCGUCUAUGGUCAGGCAAUGUAUUCAAUCUAGUUUAUCAAAACAAGUAACCGAGAUAGUAUGGAGAGAACAAAAUAUAAAUCAUACUUUACAAAUCUUGAGCAUGUCACAUAUUCAGCAUCAAUAUUAUCACAUUACUGUGCCUUUUCUCAAGCGAAAACAUGUGGAAUCACAAAAAAAUGAAUUGGUAUUUAACAAUAAUGAAUUGAAUAAUUUUUCACAUAAACAAUCCAAAAAAAAGUCAUUUCCAAUAGUAGAAACAUGGAAUGAUAUGACAGUUCAAGAAUUAGCAAACUCUGCCAAAAGAGAUGUUGAGGAUGUUUUAGAUGCACUUUAUUUUGAAAGCUGCAGCAACACUUAUACAACAAAUAAUGGACAUUUAAUACAUAAGGUAGUUCAAAGACUUGGUGCUAAAUCUAAACUUAUAUUAAAAUGUGUUAAAAAAAGAGAUAUAGAGGAUAAGGAUAUUGUAAGAAGGCCUUUACCAGAUAAAUCCAAAUUAGUAAAACGACAUCCAGUUGUAACGAUCAUGGGACAUGUUGAUCAUGGAAAAACUACUUUACUUGAUGCAUUACGACAUACAUCUGUUGCACAAUCUGAAUUUGGUGGAAUUACACAAUACAUUGGUGCUUUUAAUGUAACUCUGGAUUCUGGAGAAAGAGUAACAUUUUUGGAUACACCUGGGCAUGCUGCUUUCACCUCUAUGCGAUAUAGGGGGGCAUAUGUAACAGAUAUUGUGGUGUUAGUAGUAGCAGCUGAUGAUGGUGUUAAAGAACAAACUUUACAGAGCAUAAAAAUGGCAAAAGAUGCCAAUGUUCCAAUUAUUGUGGCUAUUAACAAGAUUGAUAAACCUGACAUUGAUAUAGAGAAGAUACAAAAUGAACUUGCGAAUUAUGGUGUUGUAGUUGAAAAACUUGGUGGCGAAGUACAAUGCAUAAAACUAUCCGCCUUAAAGGGAACUAAUUUGCAAGAGUUAACAGAAGCUAUAGUCGUACAAGCCGAAUUAAUGGAUUUAAAAGGAGAUCCUACAGGUUUGGUAGAAGGUGUUGCUAUCGAAUGUAGUAAUCAGGUUCAUCGUGGAAAUUUAGUGACGGCUUUAAUUCAACGUGGUACUUUAAAGAAAGGAUGUUUUUUAGGUAAAGGUAUAUUGUUUCUUCAAAUAGUUUCCGGACUAGCAUCGGCGAAAAUAAGGAGUAUAUUUAAUGAUUCUGGCCAUCCUAUUUUGGAAGCUAAACCGUCGGAUGCGGUACAAAUCACUGGAUGGAAAGAAUUACCUAAUGUUGGAGAUGAAAUAUUAGAAGUGGAAAAUAAUAAGGUGCUGCAAGAAGUCCUAAAAUUUAGAGAGAAAAAGCGUGAUGAAAUUUUAGCUACAGAACAUAAAGCAGCUGCCGACGAAAGAUUACAAGAACAUGUCAUUGAAUAUCGAAAAUUGUUAGAAGUAAAAAGAACUUUCGGAAAAGAAAAAUUGAGGAAACUGAAGUUUGAACUUGAGAAAGAGAGAAGGAAACCUAAAAUUGUUGAUUCCAUUCCUAAAAUUAAUAUUAUCAUAAAAGGUGACGUGGCAGGAAGUGUUGAAGCAUUAUUAGACAUUUUUGAUACAUAUAAAUAUGAUACAAUAUGCCGAUUGAAUAUUGUUCAUUAUGGUAUCGGAUCCGUUUCAAAUUCAGACAUAGAAUUAGCGAAUACAUUUGAAGCAAUUAUAUACGGAUUUAAUGUAAAUGCGAUUAAAACUAUAAAAGAAAUGGCCGAUGCGAAAGGCGUAUCUCUUCGAUUUUAUAACGUUGUAUAUAAACUUAUUGAUAAUAUUAAGGAAGAAAUUCAUAAUGUACUGCCUGAAGUUGAUAUUGAAGAAAUAAUAGGCGAAGCAACGGUAUUGCAAAAAUUUGAAAUAAAUGAGAAAAAUAAAAAAGUAAGCGUUGCAGGUUGUCGUUGUGUCAAAGGUGUUCUUUUAAGAUCUGAAAUGUAUCAUGUGGUUAGAGGAAAUGAAAAUAUUUUUACAGGGAAAUUGAUGUCAAUGAGGCAUUUAAAGAAUGAAAUGUCAUCGAUAGAAACUAAUCUUGAAUGUGGACUUAGAUUUGAAGAUCCAAAAAUAUCAUUUCAAUCUGGAGAUACUAUUAUUUGCUUUAAAUUGAACAGAGACAAAAAAAAGCUUGACUGGGAUCCUGGAUUUUAAUUUAAUAUAUUGUUGUAAAGAUUACAAAAUAAUAUAUAGAUAAUGUAAAACAAAAAGAUAUAAAUCACAGAAUAUUAACCUGUUUUUGCGUUUUAUUAAUGGCAAAUUAAAUUAUUUGUAUAAAAUGCAUUUUUACAAAAUGUAAGUACAAAUUUCUUUAUUAUUGCUUUUGUGAUGCAACACUGUACUUCUUACACUUUCAUCAAUGGAACUUUCGUUUUAUUUGAAACAAAUACGAACGAGCCAUACUAUCACGACCGAUAAUCGAUCUGUUCUGUUUCUUAUUUGCAUACACUCUUCUUUAAAAAGAAAAGAAAAGAAAAAAA